ACGAGAGUUUGAUUCAAAGUGUACCCAUUUUUGAAUGAUCGAAAACAGCCAAAACUCAUCGUAAUAACAGAAGGUUAUUUUUAUCUUUUUGGGAGGAUCUUGGCUGCAUGAAGCAAACCAGAAAUGGCAUCACCACAAACGCUUCAGCCUGUCCUGAAGAUGAAGGUCGACGAGCUCUUCCUCUUUUGGUUGAGUGAGCCGAGUACUCAGGCAAUGCUAAAAGACUACCUCAACAAAAUCAAGAAUGGAGAAGAAAUAGAGCUAAGCCAUGCUGAUUUCAAGGGCACAAGCACUUUGUUAUUAACAGAAAACAACAACAACAACAUUGCCUCAAAGAUUAAUGCGACAGAGAGAAUGACUGCGGCCCUUGGUGCCCCGAGCAGCCCUCCUUCAGCCACCCUGCCAUCUGCGACUGGCAGCAAUAACAGAGCGGGAGUGAAUGCAAGGGCCCUGCGACGCUCUGUCAGCACUAAGAAGCAGGCACAGGCUAAGAAAGAGGAGUCCGUUACACCAGCUUUAAGUGAAAGCAUUCCAAAGUUCUACUUCCCUCGAGGACAGCCCCAGGCCAAUAUCAACAUAGACAAUCUUAUUUCCAAGAUAGAAAAAACAUUUUCUCAAUUUCCUGAUGAAAGAGUCACUUUAAAAGAUAUGGGGCUGGUUGCAAAGGCCUGUGAGUGCCCACUCUAUUGGAAAGCUCCAUUGUUCCAUGCUGCCGGAGGAGACAGGAGGGGAUAUGUGUCCGUUCACAAGUUUGUGGCAAUGUGGCGAAAAGUGCUUCAGACCUGUCAUGAUGACGCAUCCAAAUUUCUUCACCUUCUGGCCAAGCCUGGCUGCAAUUAUUUGGAACAAGAGGACUUUAUUCCAUUCCUGCAGGAUGUGGUGGAUUCACAUACAGGUCUGGCAUUUCUAAAGGAGGCUUCAGACUUUCACUCACGCUACAUUACCACUGUAGUCCAAAGGAUAUUUUAUAAUGUAAACCGCUCAUGGACUGGAAAAAUAACAUGUACAGAACUCGGGAGAAGUAGUUUUCUACAGAAUGUGGCACUUCUGGAAGAAGAGGAAGAGAUUAACCAGUUGACAGAGUUCUUCUCUUAUGAACAUUUCUAUGUCAUCUACUGUAAGUUCUGGGAGCUGGACACGGAUCACGACUUGUACAUAGACCAGAGAGACCUGAUGCAACAUAAUGAACAAGCCAUAUCCCACCGAAUGAUUGAGAGAUUAUUCUCAGGAGCUGUAACCAGGGACAGAAAGGUUCACAAAGAGGGCAGACUGAGCUACACUGACUUCGUAUGGUUCCUCAUAUCUGAGGAGGACAAAAAGACUGAGACCAGCAUAGAGUACUGGUUUCGCUGUAUGGAUCUGGAUGGGGAUGGAGUUCUGUCCAUGUAUGAGCUGGAGUACUUCUACCAGGAGCAGUCUCAGAAGCUUGAGGCCAUGGCCAUUGAACCACUGCCUUUCGAGGACAGCCUGUGCCAAAUGUUAGAUAUGGUUAAGCCAGAAAUCCCAGGAAAAAUCACUCUCAGGGACUUGAAGAGAUGUAAACUUUCCCAUAUUUUCUUUGACACCUUCUUCAACGUUGAGAAGUACCUAGACCACGAACAGAGGGAUCCCUUACUUGCUGCAAGGGAUGCUGAGACAAUGGGACAGGAGAUUUCUGACUGGGAGAGAUAUGCUGCAGAGGAGUAUGAUAACUUGGUAGCUGAGGAAACUGCAAACGAGCCGUACAACGAUUGCUGUGACAAUGUUCUAGACCCAAUUGAUCACAUUACAUGUGCUUUUGACCUGCGGAAUGAGAAGAGACAUCUCUUUGAGAUCCCCAACCCUCACUGUAACCUGGACCUGGAUGAAUAUGAAUACGAGGAUGAUUUUGAAUGACAGCCACCACCACACAAUACAAGUAAGGCUACCAUCUGCUAGUGUGUAGAACAGGAAGUGGACCAAUCCUGCUCUCCAGUACUGAUGUCGGCUGGUUCAGCUAACCAAGGCUUGAGUGUACAGAUACGCUCCCCCAGCCGCUGGAUACCAGACAGUAAACCAGCAGUCUGACGAGGGUCUGUUUAGCAAGACACAUCGUGCUGGCCCAGUCUAUCUGUCAGUCUGACAUCAAUACACAACCAGCUUUCUGAAACAAAUGUAGCUGCACUGUAGGUUUUAAGCAACUACACUGGAACCAAACCGGUACACUUGAAAUAUUGAAUGUGCACUACGUUUAUAAAUAUUUCAAUAUUUUUAUGCACAGAAUUGGCCAAUAAGACAUUCCAGAGAUUCACCAAAGUGAUUUCAGCUUGAUUUCAUGGAUGGCUUCUUUCUCAUGGAGCUCUGUCGACUUGCCUUAUGUGU